AUGUCUGCCGCUGAAGUAUCAUCCGCUCCCGUCCCAGAGACCAACCCCGUGGAAUCGUCGACCAAUGGCACCACCGUCAACACAAACGUUGCAAACGACGCUGCCGGAGAUGGCAGCGAAACGCCCAACUCCGCUGCUCCCAGCACCACCCAGCCACAUUCUGCCUCCCUCUACGUCGGAGAAUUAGACUCUUCCGUCACCGAAGCUAUGCUUUUCGAACUCUUCUCCUCCAUCGGCCAAGUCGCCUCCAUUCGUGUGUGCCGUGACGCCGUCACCAGACGUUCUCUGGGCUAUGCCUAUGUCAACUACAACAACACCGCCGAUGGUGAACGUGCUCUCGAAGACCUCAACUACACGCUGAUCAAGGGAAAACCCUGCCGGAUUAUGUGGUCCCAGCGAGAUCCUGCCCUGCGCAAGACCGGCCAGGGUAAUGUCUUCAUCAAGAACUUGGAUACUGCUAUUGACAACAAGGCUCUUCACGACACCUUCGCCGCUUUCGGUAACAUUCUCAGCUGCAAAGUCGCCCAGGACGAGUUCGGUAACUCCAAGGGCUAUGGCUUCGUCCACUACGAAACCGCUGAAGCUGCCACCAACGCCAUCAAACACGUUAACGGUAUGCUGUUGAACGAGAAGAAGGUCUUCGUCGGCCACCACAUCGCCAAGAAGGAUCGCCAGAGCAAAUUCGAGGAGAUGAAAGCCAACUUCACCAACGUAUACGUCAAGAACUUGGAUACCAAGGUCACCAAUGAAGAGUUCCGGGAGCUGUUUGGGAAAUACGGCGAUAUCACCUCCGCAUCAAUUACCCACGACAGCGAGACUGGAAAGAGCAGAGGGUUCGGUUUCGUGAACUUUGUCAAGCAUGAGAGCGCUGCCGCCGCUGUCGAAGAGCUAAAUGACAAGGAAUUCAAGGGCCAAAAACUCUACGUUGGCCGCGCGCAGAAGAAGCACGAGCGGGAGGAGGAGCUGCGCAAGCAGCACGAGGCCGCUCGUGUCGAAAAAGCAUCCAAAUACCAGGGUGUUAAUCUCUACGUCAAGAACUUGACCGACGACAUCGAUGAUGAGAAACUCCGGGACCUCUUUAUUGGCUUCGGAAACAUUACAUCUGCUAGAGUUAUGCGUGACACUAUUGCGGAUGCCGGCUCUGAAUCUGAGAAGGAAAAGGAGAUCUCCAACAAGGAGAACGUGAAGGAAGAGGCUAAGAAGGAGUCCGCUGAAGAAGAAUCCUCCGACAAGAGCGAUAAAGCUGAGAAAUCCGAUAGCAAGAAGACUCUCGAGAAGAAGCUUGGAAAGAGCAAGGGCUUUGGUUUCGUCUGCUUCAGCAAUCCUGAUGAAGCGUCCAAGGCUGUCACGGAGAUGAACCAGCGCAUGGUCAAUGGCAAACCUCUAUACGUUGCACUUGCUCAACGGAAGGAUGUGCGCAAAAGCCAGCUCGAGGCAAGCAUUCAAGCUCGUAAUACCAUCCGACAACAGCAGGUUGCUGCCGCCGCAGGAAUGUCCCAGCCACCCGCUGUCUACUAUCCACCAGGCCAGCAAGGAUUCAUUCCUACCAACGCUGGACAACGCGGUGGUAUGGCCUUUGGUCAGCAACCUGGAAUGGUCCUUCCCGGUAUGCCGGGCGGUCGCCCUGGUCAAUUCGCUGGCGGAUUCCCAGGACAGCAAGGCGGACGCGGUAUUAACCCCAACCAACAACUGCCCCCAAAUGCCUUUGGCAUGGGUGCCCAGGGACUCCCCAUGGGUGCGCUCCAGGGCCCUGGCGGACUACCAAACGGUCUCAGCUACCCUCAAGCUAUUGCUCAAGUCCAAGCGUCAUUCGGACGGGGCGGCGGCGGUCGUGGCCAGGCUCCUGGCAUGCAGGGUAUGCCUCCAAGUAUGGGUAAUGCACCAGGCAUGCGCGCUGGCGGUCAAGCUUUCACACAGGGUCGUGGCAUGCCACCCCAACAAGGGGUUGCCCGUCCCGGACAAGCUGGCCGUGGAGCUGGCCCAGCCCAAGGAAUGCCACCCCGUGAUGAGUCUGCCGGCGGUCCAACCCUUAACCUCCAGGCCUUGAGUGCCGCCCCUCCUGCCCAACAAAAACAAAUGCUUGGUGAAGCCAUCUACCCCAAGAUCCAAGCCCAACAACCUGAGCUGGCUGGCAAGAUCACUGGUAUGCUUUUGGAAAUGGACAAUGCUGAACUACUUAGUUUGGUCGACGAUGAGGCUGCACUCCGCGCCAAGGUCGAUGAGGCUAUCAAUGUUUAUGACGAAUAUAUGAAGAGCAAAGGUGGUGAAGGUGAAGCUGCGGACGCAUCCAAACACCCAAAGGAAGCGGUGAAAGAUAGCAAGACAGAAGAGACGAAGUCGUAA